AUCUUUCCAAAAGAGUGGACAUAAUUCUCUCAAGAUAGGGGCGGAGCUAGAUGGGCUCGAAGAGUAAUAUUUGUCCAUCUUAUAAUCUCACAAGUGAAGUAACUUUGUAUUUACAAUAGUAAUGAAAAAGUAGAAGAAAAGAUGGUUUUCUCCAUGAAUGAAGAAUUUCAGGCUACAUUACAGCCAAAUUAUGAUAAACAUAGUGAAUUAAAAGCCUUUGAUGACACAAAAGCUGGUGUCAAAGGACUUGUUGAUGCUUGCAAUAGUACUGAAGUGCCUCGAAUAUUCGUUCAUCCACGAGAAAGCAUACAAAACUCCCCAGGCUAUACUGAGGAGGAGUUUGUUUUUCCUGUAAUAGAUCUUGAAGGCAUUGAUCAUCCAAUAAGGCAUAAAGAUAUAGUUGACAAAGUUCGAGAUGCAUCAGAGACAUGGGGAUUUUUUCAAGUAGUCAAUCAUGACAUUCCAUUACCUGUCCUUGAAGAAAUGUUGCAAGGAGCACGAAGAUUUUUCGAGCAAGAUGUGGAGAUAAAGAAACGAUAUUACACUCGAGAUACUACGAAGAAAGUAGCACAUGUUAGCAACUUUGAUUUGUUUAGCCCCUCUGUUCCAGCAGCUAGCUGGAGAGACUCACUUUACUGUUUUAUGUGUCCUAAUCCUCCUAGUCCAGAGGAAUUUCCCACAGUAUGUAGGGAGAUUUUGAUUGAAUUCUCUAAGAAGAUGAUGAAAUUAGGCUGCUCAUUAUUUGAGUUAUUGUCCGAGGGUCUCGGUCUCAAUCCUUGUCAUCUUAAAGAUAUGAACUGUGCUGAAGGGCUAUCUAUUGCCCAACAUUACUAUCCAGCAUGUCCUCAGCCGGAACUCACCAUAGGCACCAGACAGCAUUCGGACUGUGUUUUCAUUACCGUGCUUCUUCAAGAUGAUAUAGGAGGUCUCCAAGUCCGUCACCAAAAUCAGUGGAUUGAUGUUCCUCCUACACGUGGUGCUCUAGUCGUGAAUAUUGGAGAUCUGUUACAGCUCAUAUCGAAUGACAAGUAUAUAAGUGUUGAGCAUAGAGUAUUGUCGAACAAAGUAGGUCCAAGAAUAUCAGUGCCGUGUUUCUUCAGCACUGGUGCAUUUCCCUCUCCAAGGAUUUAUGGACCAAUUAAGGAAUUGUUAUCAGAAUGUAAUCCUCCAAAGUAUCGUGCAACCACAGUGAAGGAAUAUACAGACUAUUUCCGCAAGAAAGGCUUCGAUGGAACUUCUACACUGCUGGAUUACAAGAUCCCGUCCUAAAAUUUAAGUUAUUUCGUGUAAGUCAUAUCAAAGCUGUAAACUGAACAUGUGAUGUACAAUUAGCUAAUAAGAUAUUCUGUAGCAAGUGGAAUCACAUCAGGCUUUGAUGAUCACCUGAUAUUGGAUUCCAUCUAUUUCUUUCGAGAUUGAAUUCAGUGUUAGGCAUGUCGAUAACCUUUAAAAGUGCAAAGGAUGACUUUAAUUUCAUAGUCAAUGUAUUGAGAAAACAAACUCAUUUAAUCAUAUGUGCUACAGCCUAUCUUCUUAAA